AUGAAGAAAGAUAAAAAAAAAUCGAAAAGCCGUAUCAAAACGCCAUCCCCGGAUUCGUGUUCGCAAAGCUGUAAUAAUAUGGACUGCAUGAGUUUACAUCAAAUGACACCGUCUUCUCCACCACCAAGUUACGAGCUCAGUUUACAAAAGGUAUGCUUAACCAAGAGCCAUAUAAGUUGUAUUAUAAAUUGUUAAAAUUAUAGACCCAACUAUUAACCUGUUAAUAGGCCUAUAAUUGAAAUACUUGUUCAAUAUCUCAGUAGGUAUCUACUUACUAGGUAGGUGUUACAUAUUAUAUAUAUUUUAUAGAUUCUGAGAGAAGUGAUGAAUAUAUUGGUUUUACAAUGAUGUUUAUUUUUUUAUUUAUGAACCCUUUUCUACCAGACAGCAUCUACUCCAAUUAUCAAGUAUAGCAUUUUUUCUGAAAGGAAAUGUUCUCUGGAUGGUACUUUAGAGAGGGUUAUUUUUUUGAAAUUCUCAGUAAUAUUUGAGAUAAUGAGGAAAACCUGGUUCUUUAAGUGUUAAGACAGAUUGAAAGAUUAAAAAUAAGUCUGUCAUUAGCAAUUGUUUUUAUUAUUUUAAUCUUUUUUAAGCAACCAUUGUUGUCAUAAAAAUGCACAGCACAUUAUACUUUAAUAUGACAUAUAUACUGUUGACAAAGCAUCACUAUUAACUGAACUCUGUUCAGAAUCGUUUUUUCCAUUAGCAAUGAUUUAUUGUUGCUUACAGAUAUAUAUUAAAUUCCCUUCUGUAUCCUACCUUCUUAACUUCCCAUCUACAACAGUGGCUGCACCCAAGUGCUGCAAAGUUGCCCUUACAUUUUUUAAUUUUGAAAUAUUAUCCUAUAAUAAAAUAGAUUUAUAAACUAUAAAAUUCUUAAGUCUAUGGUAGGUUUAAACCACAAAUUAAGAUACAUGUAUAUUUUAAUAAGUGUUUGAAACCCAUCAAUAAUCAACAUUAUAUUUUGAACGAAAUUGUUAGAAAGAUAGCAUUUAUAAUAAACUUUCUAUACCUACAUAUAUAUGUAUAUAUGUUAUUUAAUAUAUUUACUGUUGUAUUAAUUAAUAAGUAAUAUUAUUUUUUUUUUUUUUUAGCCAGGACUGUCUUCUGAACAUGGUGGUCAUUAUGAGGAGAAAUAUGCAGCUGGAAGUAGUCAGUAUCAAGCUUGCAGUUCUAACACCGAUUGCCAGAGCACUGGUUCUCCUGUACGACAAGAAAUAUUUCAUAAGAGCAGCAAGGAGUUUUACAAAGCUGUCGCGGCUCAAUGGGGCAUAACAUGUAAAAUGAGUGACCACUGCAGAUGUUAUGAAUGCCAGGUGAAAUGAUGAUAUCAUAUUAAAUUUUAUAAACAAAAAUAAUUUUUGUUUAUAAUCCCUGUGAUUUUGUAUUGUUUACAGAGUCGGUACUUUGAUUGCGAAUAUGACCAGGAAAACGAACAAGAAAAAACAGAUGGCGGACUUGGCGCGGGUACACCUAUGUUUUUGUCAGAAGUUAUGAACGGUUCAACAUGCACUUUAAUUUAA